AUAAAAAACACGUUUCAUAAGACUCAUUCAUUAAAAAAUUCGUGGCUUCGCCACUCGUUUUUCAACUUAAAUUCAUGCAUUUUAAUGUCUUGCGAACUUGUUUUUUUAAUAUACUAUUCCCUUAUUAAAUUUGUCUAUACAGCCAUAUACAGAGGCUUUCGCCUGUAGAGGCCAAAAUUAGGGGCAGCCGAAACUACGUUCCUCUCACGCAUAAAAAACUAAUAUAAAUUAAUUUUGUAGUUAUAACGACAACCAGAAAUAUAAGUUUGUUUCCAUUCCUUGAAGAAAUUAAAAAACUAUUAAUCACUUAUUAUCACUCAUCAUUAAACUAUCACUAUUAAUCUUGUUUUAAAUUAUGCUGCAGAAUCAAAUAUAGAAAUGAUGGUUUAUUCUUAUCAAACAUCUGACUGGGUUCUCAUGGAAAUGAAACUAGAGUAGAAAUGGCGCUACUAUCUUAGAUAAAACUAGAAACGAACAAUCCUAACCUUAAAAUUUAAAAAAAUCUAAAACAUAAAUAAAAAUGGAUCUAAACAAACUUUUAAUCGACGAUUUCAUCGAAUUAAAAGCAUCUUUGAUUUGUGGAUACUGCAAAAAUUUACCGAGUCAUUUAUUAAAUCCUUGUGGUCAUCUACAAUGUAAUUGUUCCAAAUCAACAAAAGGAUGUACAACUUGUUACAAAUUAACAACUUCGCAAGAUUUAGAAGAAAAUCAGAUGAUGAAGACGAUCUUAACAUCGAUAAAAGCGAUUGAAGAUAUUUUUAAAGAUACAACCCCAAAUAAUGUUUCAAGUAAUCACGAAAUUGUUGUUUCUAAAAUGGAUAUGAAACGUAAUCAUAAAGGUGAAACUCCUUUACAUUUAGCGUGCAAAAAAGGCGAUUUAGAGAUGGUUAUGGAGUUAAUUAAGGAUGGUGUUGAUUUUAACAUGACGGAUUACGCAAAUUGGGCCCCAAUUCACGAAGCAGUUCAAGGUAAUAAUAUACCUUGUCUGGAAUAUUUACUUUCAGAAGGUGCCUUGGUUAAUAUUCCCGGUGAAAACUACAUAACCCCACUUCAUAAAGCGGUGUUAUUAAAUAAACGUGAAAUUGCACAAAUUUUAAUUAACUACGGUGCAAAUACAACCAUCCUUGAUUAUAAAGGAAACAAAGCAUUAAAUGGAAUGGAAAAUCUUGUUUUAUAUCAAAUAUAUGAUAUUACGAAAAAAAUCUUCAUCAAAGUCCAAACCGUUGUUUAUGCAAAGGAAUUAAAUAAAGAAGAACAAACCAAACUUACAAAAGCUAAAGUUAAUAUUGUAACUUUUAGUGAUUUCAUAACCAAAUCUGAUGUUACUCAUUAUAUUUAUGAUGGGAAGAUGGAUAUAAAUGUUUUAAUUUGCUUAUUAAAAGGAAUAUUUAUCGUUAAAAAACGAUGGAUUAACGAACCCGAAAAAAAUGCUUUCAACUUUAUCACCGAAGUUUACAAAGAAUCCAAUAAAUCCUCAAUUAUGAAUCGUCUAUUUAAGAAUCCAAAACUGUUCAAUGGAAUGGAUUUUUUUAUUAGUGGCCACUCUCAGCGAAAAUUAAUUUGUAAUAUUAAACUAAAUAAAGACGAUUUAGCCACUUUGGUGCGAACGGGGGGAGGAAAAGUUUUACGAAGACCCCCAAUCGUUAAAAGUGCCGAUAACGAUCACUUUUAUUACCCAUUUCAUGCUUCAAACACUUCUUUAAAUACCUGUAGCAGCUACGUUAUAUAUCAUGAAGAUGAGAAACCACAGUUGAUGUAUAAUAUGAGAGAAUUAAAACAUAGGAGUUCGGAAUGGUUAAUCGAUUGUAUUUUGGCGUUUAAAAUUAUUGAUUAAAAAUAUAUUUGUUUUAUCUAUA